AACAAAACAAAACAACUCCUCCUGAUCACUGCUCAGCCAUCAUAUCACAUCAUAUCAUCUUUGAUACCCACGAUCACUCCGCUCUGCUCCGCUCUGCUCUGCUCUGCUCUGCUCUGCUCUGCUGUGAUAACCUAGAGUCUUCCAACAGCUAUCCACACCGGUCGUCAGCUUUGCGCAUUCCGCAGCUUCCGUCAACAUGCACCGCACUUAUUCUAUGAGACAAUCGCGGGCUCCUACUGCCUCGCAACUCCAGAACCCUCCCCCACCAGCCUCCAGCACAAAGGCAGGCAGACUCUUCGGAAAAGGUGGACUCGGUCAUGCUCUCCGACGUCAAACCGCCGGCCAAUUCGGCCCAGAUCUUGCAAAGAAGCUCUCUCAGCUGGUGAAGAUGGAGAAGAAUGUUAUGCGCAGCAUGGAGCAAGUCGGCCGCGAGCGCAUGGAAGUUGCUCAACAACUCUCCAUCUGGGGUGAAGCUUGUGAUGACGAUGUGUCGGAUGUCACGGAUAAGCUUGGUGUUUUGAUCUACGAGAUCGGCGAGCUUGAGGACCAGUACAUUGACCGUUAUGAUCAAUACCGUGUUACUAUCAAGUCGAUCCGUAACAUUGAGGCAUCCGUUCAACCCAGCAGAGACCGCAAGCAAAAGAUCACUGAUCAGAUCGCCCAACUCAAGUACAAGGAGCCAAACUCCCCCAAGAUUGUCGUUCUCGAGCAGGAACUUGUCCGUGCUGAAGCUGAGUCGCUGGUCGCGGAGGCGCAACUCUCAAACAUCACCCGCGAGAAGCUAAAGGCUGCCUAUACCUACCAGUUCGAUGCUCUCCGUGAGCACUGCGAGAAGCUUGCCAUCAUUGCUGGGUACGGAAAGCACCUGUUGGAGCUCGUCGAUGAUACUCCUGUUACCCCAGGUGAGACUCGUGCCGCAUAUGAUGGAUAUGAAGCGUCCAAAGCAAUCAUCCAAGACUGUGAGGAUGCUCUCACCAAUUGGGUUACCGCCAACGCCAAGGUUUCUUCCACCCUCUCUACUCGCGCCCGUACCCUUUCCCAACGUCGCCGCAACAAUAUCCAGCGCAAUGCCGAGGGUCAUGAUCUUACUGGCCAGGACGCACCUCUGAACGAUCGAGACUCCUGGCUCCCAGCGAGCGCUCACAAAGGCGAGGAGUAUGACGAUGAGGAUGAAGAGGAGGAGGAGGAGGUUGGUGCACCAUCUAUCCAAGACAGCACUGUCAACGGCGAGAACGCUCGCGGUCGUCAGGAGACUGUCGUCGCAUAA